UCUGUAAGUUUCGCGGUUUCCUCUCUGGGUUUUUGCUGGCAAUCUUUGUUUUUGCUUUUGAAUUUAUACAUUUAGAGAGAGAAAGGUAUAGGUACAUGUGUGGUUAUAGGUAGAUUAAGAAACACAGAUGGAUAGCAAUUACUCGAAAUUAGAUGUGAAAGAUGAAAAUUUUCUAUUAAAGACUCAAGCUUUCCGAUUGAUUUCACCCGAUCAUGAAAAUGGGUAUUCGAAUCGUUCUAAUACAGAUGGCGUGGACGAUGAAGAUGACCUUGAUUUUGAUGAUUUGCCCCUUAUUUUUGGUGAAAAUAAAUCUGGGUCUGGGAUUUAUGGUGCUGUCUUUAAUCUCACCACCUCUAUCAUUGGAGCUGGCAUCAUGGCCUUGCCUGCGACAAUGAAAGUUUUGGGGCUUUUUGUUGGUGUAAUCUUGAUAUGUUUCAUGGCUAUUUUGUCUGAAAUAAGUGUGGAGUUGCUAGUGAGGUUUGCUGUCCAAUGUAAGGCAGCUACAUAUGGUGAGGUUGUUGAGGCUGCAUUGGGUAGGACUGCUAGAACCUUAUCCGAAAUCUGCAUAAUUGUGAACAAUGCUGGUGUUUUGGUUGUGUAUUUGAUCAUCAUUGGGGAUGUGAUGUCGGGAUCCCUUCAUCACAUGGGAGUUUUUGACCAGUGGUGGGGUAAUGGUUUUUGGGAUCAUAGGAAGAUAGUGAUUCUAAUAGUUCUAGUGCUGUUUCUUGCACCGUUGUGUACCUUGGAUAGGAUUGAUUCCUUGAGCACAACUUCAGCAGCUUCUGUAGCGCUCGCAGUUGUGUUCGUCGUUGUUGUGUUCAUUGUGGCUCUUAUCAAGCUUGUUGAGGGGAAAAUAGAACCUCCUAGGAUGAUGCCUGAUUUUGGAUCCAAGAAGGCGAUUCUUGAUCUGCUUGUUGUGAUUCCUAUCAUGUCAAAUGCUUAUGUGUGCCACUUUAAUAUCCAACCAAUUUAUAACGAGCUUGAAGGGCGCUCACCAAGCAAAAUGUACCGUGUGGGAAGGAUCACGGCUGCAAUUUGUGUUGCUGUGUAUGCUUCUACUGCUAUAGCUGGCUAUUUACUCUUUGGGAAGGAUACUGAAUCUGAUGUGCUCACUAACUUUGAUAAGGAUCUUGGCAUCCGGUUCAGCACAGCUUUGAACUACUUUGUUCGUAUAGGAUACAUUCUGCAUUUGGUUCUCGUGUUCCCAGUGAUUCAUUUUUCCUUGAGGCAAACAGUGGACACGCUAAUUUUUGAAGGAUUGAAUCCUCUCUCGGAGAGCAGGAAGCGGUGUCUGGUCUUAACCUUUGUGCUCUUAGGGCUUAUAUAUUUAGGCUCGACUAUGAUCCCUAAUAUUUGGACAGCGUUUAAGUUUACAGGAGCAACAACAGCGGUCUCAUUAGCUUUCACCUUUCCACCUCUCAUUGCAUUGAGGUUGAGCAAAGUAGGGAGCGGGCUGAGCUUUUCCGAGAGGUUAUUGUCUUGGUUCAUGUUAACAUUGGCUGUCAUAGUUAGUAUCGUUGGAGUGGUUGGCAAUAUAUAUAGCCUCAAGGGUGAUUCUGAAUAACUCAGCCAGUGGAGUUCUUCUUGAGAAGGCCCAAUACGUUGAAUGAUUCAUAGAGUAAUAUAAACAUUUGUUGUAUUGCUGCUUUCAUCAUCAUUACAUGUGAUGUGAUGAAUUUGGCGAUUGUUGUAUCCUAAAGGAGUUUCAAGAUUUUGUUCUGCUAAAAGCUGGCGUGUUUUCUUGUAUCCGGGUGGUUUUCUCUUGACGGGAUGCUGCUCACAGAAAAAUGCGGCCAGGCAACCAGCGUAGAAUGGGAUACUUUCUAUACUCCUUUUCCUCCCUUUAUAGAGAAUGUGAAUUUAUUUUUUUGGCUAUUCUUGUCUGUACAACUAGAUUAUUAAAAUGCCACUAAAUUCAUCGAUUUACUGCAACCAUAUAUCAUUAUAUUGAGCUGUUGUAUUA